AUGGAAGAGUCACUCGGCAGUGGUGAUAACCAACCCAACGAAUAUAUUUAUCGUCUAUACGAGCGUUGGGCGAAAGGUUCAUUUGGUCUUCUUUUAACGGGUAACGUGCAAGUUGAUGAGCGUUAUCCUGGUCUUAUGACAGAUAUAAUGAUUCCGAGUAAAGAUAAGAUAGACAUUGAAAAAUGGAAACGAUAUGCCGAUGUCUGUCAAAGUCAUGGGAUUCCAACUAUCGUUCAGAUCAAUCACGCAGGUCGCCAGUCACCUUUGGGGAAAAGACCUUACAAGCAACCUACUAUCGCACCUAGUCCUAUCCCAAUGUCUAUAGGUGAUAACAUUUUAGCCAGAACAUUGCAGCGUUUUGUUAUUGGUACGCCUGAAGAGAUGACCAGAGCUCAAAUAGACGAAGCUGUAGAGAAAUUUGCUGAUGCGGCUGAAAUCAUGGUCAAAGCAGGUUUUGCCGGAGUGGAAAUUCAUGCUAGUCAUGGUUACUUAGUUAGUAGCUUCUUAUCACCCAAAACUAACAAACGAAGAGACGAAUAUGGAGCGACACCAAAGGACAGAAUGAACUUUUUGUUCAAUAUAGUCGAUGCUAUUAAAGCGGUUGUUCCUCAAAGAUUUGCUGUUGGUGUUAAACUCAAUUCAGCCGAUUUUAGUGCGGGUGGUUUAACUGAAGAAGAAGCACACGAUCAAAUUCGAUGGAUCAAUGAACACGGUGGUAUUGACUUUAUCGAGAUCUCCGGUGGAACUUACGAGGCUCCCGCCAUGGCCGGAACUGAAUAUCAACCUCGAUCAGAACGUACUCGUACAAGAGAAGCUUAUUUUAUUGAUUUCGCUGUCAAAGUGCGCAAUACGACUACAAUUCCUCUUAUAGUCACCGGUGGAUUUCGUACACGUGAGGGCAUGAAUGACGCUAUUCGUUCUAAUGCGUGCGACUUUAUUGGUAUCAGUCGACCAACCUGUAUUCAGUUCAAUCUGCCAGCAAUUCUACUCGAUCAAAGUAUCUCACAUAAAGAUGCACAAGCUCUUCAAUACGAUAUUCGAGGAGUUCAGAUCUUUAAUAUAUUACCCUUUACUGGCGUUGGUUCAGGUAUUGCCACAUUAUGGCAUAACUGGCAGAUGCAUCGAGUUGCCAUCGAAAAUCGAGAACCGGAUCCUACCCUUACUGUUCAUGGCAAAAUACUUACAAUUCUUCUUAAAAUCUUGAAAAAAUCAAUUCCGUCGAUUAUUUUGCUGUUCGGUAUCUUAUUUAUAUCUGUUCUUAUUAAGCAGUUUUUUUCGAAAACUGCCGAAAAGAUGACUGGAUUGUGA